CGUCGAUUGGGCCGGCGGCCGCCGGGGAGCGGGGGCAGCACGUUGGGAUGCGCGCUACUUAAGGUCCAGCUGCGUGAGCCAUUGACGUGUUUGGAGCUGGAGACGGCCUGGACGCUGGUGAAGCGGCCGCCUGAGGAAGAAACCUGUUACGAUGCCCAUGGUGGCCCGGCGGCUGAGAGAUCCUGACGUAAACCCUUGUUUGUCGGAAUCGGAUGCCUCUACCAGAUGUAUGGAUGAAAAUAACUACGACAGGGAAAAAUGCUCCACUUACUUCCUGAAGUACAAAAACUGCCGGAAAUUCUGGAAUACUGUCAUGGUCCAGAGAAGACAGAAUGGAGUACAGCCAUCAAUGCCUACGGCAACAGAAAGAGACGAGAUCUUGGGGGCAAUGGGAAAGAUGCCCUACUGACUGUUUGCAUUCAAGUGGUUUCUUUAACUUAGAAGCAGAUGAAUAUUUUUAAUAAAUGAUGAUUGUGGUCUUCGAA